AUGCUUCAUUUUCCAAAGGCUACUGGUAAGGUAUACGUUGUGAAGAACUACUGUGAACGAAAUGAGAACAGUUCUGUUAUUGUCUUUGCUCAAACUUGCCGAGAAUGCCAAGCUUUAGCCUACAUGUUUGAUGCACUAGGAUUUAAGGUUGCAUCACUUCAUUCCCAAAUUGAACAACGCCUUCGCAGUGCAGCGCUUUCUUCGUUCCGGUCAAAAACUCUACGGAUUCUUGUCUGCACGGAUGUAGCAUCUCGUGGCCUCGACAUCCCUCACGUUGAUUUGGUGGUCAAUCACAACGUUCCUAAGUCGCCCAAGACAUAUGUUCAUCGAGUGGGUCGUUCAGCUCGUGCUGGGAGGUACGGAGCUGCAUUAACAUUCGUCACCCAGUACGAUAUAGUUCUUCUCCAAGCCGUGGAAGAACUUAUUGGAAUGAAGCUGGAGGAGCUCAAGGUGAGCGACCAAAAGAUCACACGUUAUGUGACAAAGGUUCUCGUUGCCAAGCGUGAAGCCGAGUUGAGGCUAGAACAAAAUAGUUUUGGUGAAAGAAAGGAAGCCAAUCUACGCAAAGAUCUAUUAAUGAGUGGAGUACCCGAGGAAGAGAUCGAAGAGAUUAAGCGGCCUCGAAAUAAUCGAAAGAAGACGCAUUCCAAAACAGCUGUAGGAGAAAAGAGGCCCAAGUUCGCUGCUACGAAAGAACUUGAUACGGCAAAACGAAAACGAGUAAAAGUGACAUAA